AUGUCUCUCCAGUUAAAGUUCGACGAUGAUGACCCAUGGAUCAUCGAAGAGAAAAUGUUCAGCCGCCUAAAUGACUACCUCCAGCCUUCCAGCAUCAAAUCAGCACUCGAUACCGCCCAAGCUCUAGAUGCUCUCUUCCCGACACACCGAAGUGAUGUGGACCAGCCAGAGAGUGAACCCAGAGAACCACCCGAGAGCUUCCUCUUGCAUCCAUGGCCUCUUAUUCUCUAUACCGCUGCUCAGAUUCCUCAUGACCAUCCAUCGCAGGAAAGGUUUGCGGAAUUGAUAAAAACUCUCAAGGGUUUGGUAUCAAAGACUCCGAUUGUUAGUAUUGAUGGCCAUGAUGCUAAGCUCUGGGGGGACUUGCCGUAUAUGUAUUGGACGAUAUGGGAAGAGCUUGAUCGAAUGCCCGCCUGUGACGAAAACUCAAAGCAAAGAUGGCGAAACGCUAGUUGCUUCCUCGCCCGUCUUACACGCGACCGUACCUAUGAUUGGUUCUCCCUCGCCAUAAGCCAGGUUGGCGGCUGUUUGGAGGGUCACUCAGUGCCCCGGCAUGCGCAUGCGCAUCGUCGCGAUGCUGUCACUCAGUUUAUUCCAGAACGGGACGAGGACAUUGAUCUUGCAUUAGACUGGCUCUCUAUAUGUGGACAUCUACUAUUUAAUUUGGAUGAGGAAGUGGAAUGGAGUGGAGGGGGUCCGCUGUGGAACGGGAAAGCUGGGCUUUGUCCUGAACGUUGGCAAUUUUGGAAGGAGAGAUUUGGGGAGCUUGGUGAGUUUGAUGGUGUUGAUGAGAGGACUCGAGAACUUGCUCGGAAGAUAAUAGAUAAGAUAGAGAGUAUAGAGAAAGAAGCGAAGGCUCGUGACGAUUAG